AUGACAAAUAUUCUCAUUGGUGCUACGGGUAGUGUUGCCGCUAUCAAAGUACCUUUGCUUGUUAGCCUGUUGAAACAAACGCCUAAUGUUAAUGUGAAAGUCGUCCUGACCGAAUCAGCUUAUUUCUUUAUCAAGGACGAAAUCAUUGAUUGCGAUGUUUACAGAGAGAAGGAUGAAUGGAGUACUUGGGAUAAAGUGUCAGAUCCAAUUUUACAUAUAGAGCUUCGGAAUUGGGCAGAUAUUGCAGUGAUUGCACCUUUGGAUGCAAAUACCUUGGGAAAGAUAGCGAAUGGAUUGUGUGACAAUUUAUUGACAUGCGUGCUUAGAGCAUGGGAUGUUAAAAAGCCAGUCGUUGUUUGUCCUGCCAUGAAUACAAGUAUGUGGCACCAUCCAUUGACCUCAAGGCACAUGGAUGUGCUGCGCGACGUUCUGGGAUAUCACAUUGUGGACCCCAUCAGUAAAAAAUUGGCCUGUGGAGAUACAGGUAUUGGUGCUAUGGCUGAAUACAAGUAUAUUGCCGAAUACAUUCACUUGAUUACAUAA